CACCGGGUGGCCGCGGCUGCAAGCUCAGCGGCUUAUCACGCUUGGCCUGACAACGAAAGGCAACAACAUGUACCGUUACUUCACUCCCUUGCUGUCUUCUGUGUUGCUUUCCUCGACACGGCUCAUCUCUUCUUCGUUUCUCAUGCAGAUGGCUCCGCAGCUGCUGCUGCUGCCGCCUUCCAUGGCCAGAAGAGAGACGCCCCGGACAUAGUCGGGAGAGCCCUCAUCUGCUUCGACGACCGCUACAUCUACAGCAGGUGCCAGGGCUCGUUCCGUCUGGGCCCGCAGGGCGCGCUGGACGUGCCGCCGGGGUCGGCCGACGCCUUCUGCAGCGGGCCCUGCCUGGCCGAGACGGAGCUCGUGCUCCGCUGCGUCGACGGCAUCAUGGGCAACUUCCGCUUCUACAACGGCGCCACCGCCGCCGACGUCCGCUCCGCGCUCGACAGCGGCUGCGGCCGCUCGGGCCUCCGCGGCGACUUCGACGUGCUGCGCCGCCUCGGAGGGGCCGGCGGCGGCGGCGACAACUACGGCGACGGGUACUUCUACGGCCGCGCGGCCGGCGGCCGGCGGCCAGCCUCGCUCGUCGGCAGCCUCGCGCCGCCGCUGCUGCUGGGCGCGGCCGCCGCGGUCCUCGCGUGGGCCCCGGCUCGUUUGGCCAACCCUUCCGGAAUCACAUCAAAACCCUCGCCUUUCCAUCCCCCGCUCCCAUCCCGAAUUCCGAUGACGGCCGCCGGCGACGACGACCUCGCCGCGCUGCGCGAGCAGGUCGCCCUCGCCUGCUCCGCCGCUGUUUCCGCCCGCGACCUCGACCACGCCUUUCAGCUCCAGCUCGACGAAGCCAUCCAAGCCUCCCUCCGUGCCCAUACCUCAAUUUCCUCUCCCAAUGCCGCUUCAUCCUCUUGGACGCAAGCCGCCCCCACGCUCCCCGAGCCUUCCUCGGACGUUGCCUACGCCCUCGAGCUCCAGGCCACCGACCUUGCGCUCGCCGAGCAGGACCGCCGCGACGCCCUGGCCUGCCGCGCCGCCCACUCCCAAGCUGCAGCCUCCGUCCGCAUCGCCGCGCACGACGCCCUCUUCGCGCGCGAGCUCGCCGCCAUCCCGGAGGAUCGCUGGGCCCACGACGGCGACUACUUCGAGCGCCCCCUGGAGCUAGCCUCGUCCUCGUCCAGCCCGCUCUUCAGCGUCUUCUUCAAGGGCAUGGCGAGCAGCGAGGCGGUGGGGCCGAGGGACCGGGACCCCGGCUUGGCGGUGCUGGCGGUGGCCUUGUGUGGGCCGCAGGGGAACGUCGUGCUCAGGAUACACAAGCCGGUGGAGGAGGUGUUUGUGGGCGACGGCGAGGUGCUGGAGGUGAUGGCGCUGCUGGAGGGCCUCCACGCGGCGCUGGAGCUGGACAUCCGCAGCGUCAAGGUCAUCACCGAUCACAAGAUGCUGCACAACCAUAUGCUUGGGAUUUGGCGUCCAUCAGGGAAGAAGCUAGCAGAUAUUAUCAAUCAGGUCCUGACAGUGCGGAGGAAAUUCGAGCAAUGUGAAAUCUCAUUUGUUGAGCCUAGCCAAGUCAGCUAUAUAGUAAAAUUAGCAAGAGAUUCAAUAGCUGUUCAGAUUGCCAAAGCUCUUGCUGCCAAUGCCAGCAACGAAAAAAGAGAGACCUGCACUAUCUGCUUGGAAGACGCUGACAUCACAAAGAUUCAUGCAGUUGAAGGUUGUGCACAUCGCUUUUGCUUCUCCUGCAUGAAGGAGCACGUGAAAGUUAAGCUACUCCAUGGAAUGCUCCCAGCUUGCCCACAAGAUGGUUGCACCACAAAGCUAAGCGUGGAAGGAUCAAAGGCAUUCCUAUCGCCACUGCUGUUGGAGAUUAUGGUGCAACGUGUCAGGGAAGAACAGAUCGUACCGAGUCAAAAGAUUUAUUGUCCAUACCCCAAGUGUUCAGCCUUGAUGUCCUUGAGUGAAGUAAUCCAUCCAAUGCAAGAAUCCUGUUCAAAGUACACACUUGCUGCUGCUGCCACAUUGAGGAAGUGUGUCAAAUGCAGAGGCUCUUUCUGCAUGAGUUGUGUGGUCCCAUGGCAUGACAUGAUGACUUGCGAUGAGUACAAGGCGCAGUACCCCUAUGCUCAUCCAGAAGAUGCAAGGUUGGAGAACCUUGCAAAGACGCGGUUGUGGCGGCAAUGUGUCAAAUGCAGGCACAUGAUUGAGCUUGCAGAGGGUUGCUUCCACAUGACCUGCAUGUGCGGCCAUGAAUUCUGCUACACUUGUGGGAAAGAAUGGAAGGAGAAGAAGGCAACCUGCGCAUGCUUGCUGUGGGACGAACGCAAUAUCAUCACAGCUCAGAGAUGAUUGCAUAUGUUUACUAGGCUGGAGAAGGAUGCCUUGAUUAGUUUCAUUUUGGUGGUGGAGGGUGUCCUCUAGAGAAAUUUGUGUUACUAAUUGCUAGAAACUGUCAAGUUGUUAACUGCAGUUAGUAGUAUAUGUAAGCAGUCGACUACUUGCAUGCGGUAGAUGAGCAGGACCUUGACCGUAAUUUUUGGUUGUUUUAGUUGCGUCGACUGAGCAGAAUACAUUGGGAUGAUGGCAUGCGUGCUUUACUGUUUUAUAAACUACUAGUAUAUGUUAAGAAAUGACUGAUCUCCAGUAAGAGCCCAAGUUACUACCGUU